AGCGUGACCCAUUCUGUCACACUGAACUCGUCACGCUGCACAAAAAGACUACAACUCCCAGCAUGCCCCGGGCCGCCAGGCCCCGCCCCCGCCGCGCGCGCGCCCUGUCGCGUGGAAGGUGAGCGCGGGGCAGGCCGGGAAUGCGAGUCGGGAUUGGCCCGCGUGCGCCCCGCUUUCCAGCGUGCCGGGCAGCAGGAAGCGGCGGCGGUGGAGCGGCAAGCGGCGCGGCGAGGAGCUGCUCCCGACCAGUGUUUCUGCCAUGGAAGCUGAGGAAACGAUGGAAUGUAUCCAGGAAUUUCCUGAACACUAUAAAGUUAUUUUGGAUAGACUGAAUGAACAACGUGAGCAGGACCAGUUUACAGAUAUCACUCUGAUCGUCGAUGGUCACCAUUUCAAAGCUCAUAAGGCAGUUCUUGCUGCCUGUAGCCAGUUCUUCCACAAAUUCUUCCAAGAUUUCACUCAGGAGCCUUUGGUGGAGAUUGAAGGUGUAAGUAACAUGGCAUUUCGUCACCUAAUUGAGUUCACCUAUACAGCAAAGCUAAUGGUACAAGGUGAGGAAGAAGCAAAUGAUGUUUGGAAAGCUGCAGAGUAUCUACAGAUGCUAGAAGCAAUCAAAGCCCUUGAAAUCAGGAACAAAGAAAAUUCCUCACCCUUAGAAUCAAAUGAAGCACAAGGUAAAAAUAAACCAAAAAAGAGGAAGAUUGCUGAAACCUCUAAUGUUAUCACAGAAACAUUGCCAUCUGUAGAAUCAGAGCCUGUUGAAAUUGAGGUCGAGAUUGCUGAAGGGACGAUGAAAGUGGAAGAUGACAGCAUUGAAACUCUUGAAGAAGUAGCUUCUGCAGAGCAAUCCAUAAAGUACAUACAGACAACAGGUACAUCAGAUGAAUCUGCUUUGGCUCUUUUGGCAGAUAUCACCAGCAAGUAUCGUCAGGGAGAGAGAAAAUGCCAGAUCCAAGAAGAAGUUGAUAGUGCAACUGACUCCUCAUGCAAACAGGUAGAAGGUAUUGAAAUUGUGGAACUUCAGCUGUCACACAUGAACAAUUUAUUCCACUGUGAGAAAUGUAACCGUUCAUUUAAAUUGUUUUACCAUUUUAAGGAACACAUGAAAACACACUCUACUGAGAAUUACAAAUGUGACAUAUGCAAUAAAAGAUACCUACGAGAGAGUGCUUUGAAACAGCACCUCACCUGUUACCACCUUGAUGAAGGUGGUGCCAGCAAGAAGCAAAGACCUGGCAAGAAAAUACAUGUAUGCCAGUACUGUGACAAGCAGUUUGAUCACUUUGGGCAUUUUAAAGAGCACCUUCGGAAGCACACAGGUGAAAAACCCUUUGAAUGUCCCAACUGCCAUGAACGUUUUGCUCGGAAUAGCACGCUCAAAUGUCAUCUGACAGCCUGUCAGUCAGGAGCUGGCGCUAAAAAGGGAAGAAAGAAGCUUUAUGAAUGUCAGGUUUGUAACAGCGUGUUUAACAGCUGGGAUCAGUUCAAAGACCACUUGGUAAUACACACUGGUGACAAACCCAACCACUGUACCUUAUGUGAUUUGUGGUUUAUGCAAGGCAGUGAGCUGAGAAGGCAUCUCAAAGAAAUGCACAAUAUUUCAGAACUGUUAGUGACAGAAGAGGUUCUUCCAGUGGAAGCUAUGGAAGCUGAACCAGUAACAUCAAUGACAAUAAUAGAACAAGUUGAGCAAGUGCAUGUCCUACCGGUAAUUCAGGUACAAGUGGAUCCUGCACAGGUAACUGUGGAACAGAUGCACCAGGAUCUCAUACAGGACAAUCAAGUGAAAGGCACACAGAUGGAGGAACUACAGGAACAGGUGCAGAUUAGUUACUUGGAAGUUGAACACAUUCAGACUGAACAAGGUGCUGAAGUUCAUGUGGAGCAGUUACAUGUUGAGCAUGUAAAUCAAAUACAGAUGGAAGAAGUACAGGCAGAACUUAUAGAUGGAACAGCUCUUGAACAAGUAGAAUACCAAAGUGUUGAUCAAGGAGAAACAGAAGAAAAGGAUCCUAAUCAAGCAGAUGAUGCAGAUAAGGAACAUCAUGAGCAAGCUGAAGACUUAAAAACACAACAAUUAAUGGACACACAAAAUGCAAAAGUAGAUGACUAGGACAAAUAAUGACACUGCAGUUUUAAGAAUGAAAUACCAAAUUAUUUUUGUUAACUUUUACAUUGGUUUUUGAACUGUCACUGGUCACAUUUCCAAUAUGCUGUUCAUAGGAAGCUGGACAAGUGGACCAAAAUUAGCUUUCUUCAUGUACAAUUAAACUUCUCUCAUAUGUGAAAAAUACUUCCCCAUUCAUGUAGUGCCAUGGAAACUACAAACUACCACAGACAUGGACAACUUUGUGAGAUUUUUAGCAAUGAAUAGCUUGUAUCAUUGUUAAAGCAUUCCUGGGCGUAUGUAAAAUUAAUUUCACCUCUUUUCCUCUUGCAGUAGAAGCAAAGUCUUGUAUAAAUUUGCAGGAUGUCUGUGGCAGGAGAAUCAGUAAAACCUGAGGGGUUCUGCUGUAAGUGGCAAUUGCAUACCUGUGAAUUUCCAGAUCUUAACUUUCAGGCUGGGCUAAAAGCACUGUUGCUGGAGGUCUCUGAGCACAAAAGUCCUGUGCCUUUUCAACACUGAGUGGUUAAAUUUCCACAAAGUUUAUAGAGUUUUUGAGAGCUUAGUUCUGUAAAAGGCAAUGUAGGUAAUGUUAUAGUGCUUUAUAUUUUCGCUUGAAAUUGCCGGUUACUGAUUUUCUUUUUGCAUUAAAGUUAGAGGUGGGGGGCUGAGGGAGGGAAAAGACUUCACUUGGAGGCAGCAGGACACCCUAAAAGGGACACUUAAAAAUAGGAAAAGCUUGGUAGAGUCUGUGAUAAACAUGAUUUGGAAGAAAGCUACAAACAGGCUUUUCUUUUAUAAAUAAUCAUUUCUGAAAAUGAAUAUGUUUAAACAUAAACAUAGAGACUUGUCUAUAUGAUAUCAGGUUCUUGGGGGUUUUUUUAAUGAAAUUCUGACACUUGGCAAAAAGCUGUGCUAAACAUAAAAGUAAAAGCCAUAGGUAUGAGUGCUAAACUGUGGAUUGAAAAGUAGAAGUGUAAAUACUUUAAUCAAUAUUAGAAAAUAAAACUAUACCAACCAUUAAA